CCCCCCCCCCGCGGGUUCUUCGCUGCGAAGAAAAUGGCGGCGGCGGCGCCGAGCGGCGACGAGGGGCGGCUGGAGGAGAAGUCCGAGGAGAACCUGCAGCGGCCGCCCAAGGCCAAGAAACCCAAAAAGGAGCGCAAGGAGCCGGAGCAGCCCGCGGCCGAGCCCGCCGAGGCCGGCAAGGCCGAGAGCUCGGAGGGCGCCGGGGCGGCGCCGGCGGCCCCGGAGGCGUCGGCGUCGCCGAAGCAGCGGCGCUCCAUCAUCCGCGACCGCGGGCCCAUGUACGACGACCCCACGCUGCCCGAGGGCUGGACGCGCAAGCUCAAGCAGCGCAAGUCCGGCCGCUCGGCCGGCAAGUACGACGUCUACCUGAUCAACCCGCAGGGAAAAGCCUUCCGCUCCAAGGUGGAGCUGAUCGCCUACUUCGAGAAGGUGGGGGACACCUCGCUGGACCCCAACGACUUCGACUUCACCGUGACCGGCCGGGGCAGCCCCUCGCGCCGCGAGCAGCGCCCGCCCAAGAAGCCCAAAUCGCCCAAAGGCCCCGGCACCGGGCGCGGCCGGGGGCGGCCCAAGGGCAGCGGUGGCGGCGGGGGCAGCGCCCGGCCCAAGUCGGCCGCCGCCGUGUCCGAGGGGGGCUCUGCGGCCAAACGGGCGCUGGAGAAGCCCCCCAGCAAGCUGCUGGUCAAGAUGCCGUUCGCCCCGGGCCAGCCGGGCCCCGCGGCCCCGCCGGCCCCGCGGCGGCCGGGCCGCAAGCGCCGUGCCGAGCCGGACAGUCCGGCCGUGCCCAAGAAACGCGGGCGCAAACCGGCGGGGGCGGCGGGGCCGGGGGGGCCGGGCGGCCCCGACAAGAAGGCGGCGACUCCCCCGGCCGUGCAGGAGACAGUGCUGCCCAUCAAGAAGAGGAAGACGAGGGAGACGGUGGUGGUGGAACCGGUGACGAUGGCGGCCACCGCGACCGCCACGACGACGACGACGACGCCGCGGCCGCCGCCGACCCCGCCGGGCCCCCGCGGCCCCCGCAGCGCCCGCAGCCCCGGCCGGCGCAGCAAGGAGGGCAGCCCCAAGGGUCGGGGGGCUCCCCCCGCGCCCCCCCCGCCGCCGCCGCCGCCGGAGCCCCCCCAGAGCGGCCCCAAGGACAGCGCCAGCCCCCCCCCCCCCGCCGCCCCCGCCGCCGCCGCCGCCGCCCCCCCAGGACUUGAGCGGGUGCUCGGAGCAGAGGGGGGGUCCCGCGGCCCCCGACGGCUGCGCCAAGGAGCCCCCUAAGACUCAGCCCCCGCCGCCGCCGCUGCCGCCGUCGCCGCCCUACAAACACCGAGGGGAGCCCGAGCACAAAGACUCUGCCUCCUCUUCCUCCACCUCCUCCUCCUCAUCCUCCUCCUCCUCCUCUUCGUCGUCCUCGUCGGCGCCGCCGCCGCCCCCGCCCCCCCCCAGCGUGGCCGUGCCGCGGCCCCCGGCCCGCGAGGAGCCGGUGGACACGCGGACGCCUGUGCCCGAGCGGGUCAGCUGACUGUGAGCCGCCGCGGGGGACGCACGGACGGACGGACGGACGGACGGACACACGGACGGGCCCCCCUCCCCGCCCUACCCCCCCCCUUUCACGAGGCAGCGGGGACCCCCCCUCCCCCACCAAAAGCCCCCCCCCCCCAUGGGUUUCCCGCCCCUCCCCUCCGCGUCGCCCCCCCGAAUUUUUAUUACCGACAAGCACAGCGAGGGACCCCGGACCCCCCCACUUUGCACUUUUUGAGGAGGGGGGGGUCUCCAGGGCCCCCCCCCGAGGUUGGGCGGGGUUGGGGGAGGGGUUGUUUUGGGGGGGCGGGGCCGCGUCUUCCCCCCCUCCCCCGGCGCCGCUUUUCUCGUUCUUCCAGUUCCGUUCGCGUUUUCCGCCCGUGGGAACCAUUUGCACUAUGGGGGAGGGGAGGGGGCGGGGCCGGGAUCCGGCCAGCGGCCAAUGGGGAGCGGCGCUGCUGAAGGGGGGUGGGGGGCGGGGCCGAGCCCACGGCCAAUCAGGGGCAGGGAUCCAGCGUGGAGCCAAUCAGGAGAAGGGGGUGCGGUGUCAGGGGGCGGGGUCUGGUGUGGAGCCAAUCAAGAGGAGCAGUGGGUUCAGCCGGGAUCUGGGGCUGAGCCAAUCAGGAGCAGAGCUGGGCAGGGGUGGGAGCCAGUGUGGAGCCAAUCAGGAGCGACUGAGGAGGAGGGGUCUGGUGUUGAGCCAAUCAGGUGUGAUUUUACUGGGGGUCGGAUUUUGAGCCAAUCAGCAGCUACCGGUCUGUGCGGCAUCCGGUGUCUGGAGCCAAUCAGGAGCGGCAGGAUCAAGAGGGGGCAGGGCCUGGCCUUCGGCCAAUGGGGGCGGCUCCGUGGGAGCCGGAUCUGGAGGGGAGCCAAUCGGGAGAGGCGAGAUCAGGCUUGGAGCCAAUCAGAAGCAGCCUUGGGUUCAGCUGGGAUCCAGUGUUUGGCCAAUCAGGAGCUGCGAUCUGGAGGGGGAACAGAGGGGGGUGGGGAGGAUUCUGGAGGCGUGGUCGAGUCAUGAGCCAAUCAGGGACCGGGUGGGGUCGGCGCCGUCCAAUCAGAGCUGAGAUCCUGUGGGGGCGUGGCCGGAUCCAGUGACUCUGGGCGGGGGCGGGGCCCGGCCGGGAUCCAAUCAGGAGUGGUUUGGAUUGGAGGGGCGGGUCCGGCCCCCGCCCAGUGAGGUUGCUCGGCCCUGGAGGGGGGAUCCAGUCGCGGCCAAUCGGAACAGGCCGUGGGAAUGGUGGGAGCCAAUCAGGAGCAAGGGUGGGAUCUGGUCCACAGCCAAUCAGGAGUCAGAGUGGGCGGAGCUGGGAUCCAGUCUGGAGCCAAUCAAGAUUGAGGGUGUGAUCUGGUCAGGAGCCAAUCAGGAGCAAGAGUGGGAUCUGGUGCAGAGCCAAUCGUGAUCGAACUGGGCAGGGCUGGGAUCUGGUCCAGAGCCAAUCAGAAUCUGGCAUGGGUGGAGCUGGGACCCGGUCCUGAGCCAAUCAGAAACGAGGGUGGGAUCUGAUCGGGAACCAAUCAGGAGUGAGCUGGGCAGGGCCGGGAUCUGGUCCCGAGCCAAUCAGGAGCGAGCACGGGACGAUCCAUUUCACCCUGGGGGAGGGGGGGGGGGUCGUUCUGCCCCUCCCCCACCCGCCCCCCCCCCCCAGUCCCAUCCCGGGGUGGGGGAGGGGUCCCUGUCCUGCACUUUACCCACUCGGGGUGGGGGGGAGGGGUCGGGGUCGCCCCCCCUUUUGUGCCCCCCCCCGUUCUUCCAUCGCCCCCCCCGGGGGUCCCCACCCCCCCCCCCGGCUCCUCACGGCAAUAACGGGGGGGGGGGGAGGGGCGGCCAGAGAGAGCAAACCCCAAAAGGGGGGAGGGGCCCAUGUGGGGGAGGGGUCCCGGGGGGGGUUGAGGCGCAGCCACCACCGUGGGGGGGGGGGGGGAGGAAUUUUGGGGGGGCUCCCCCACCCCCCCCCACCUAUUUAUUCUCUCGAGACGUUUUUGCCUUAUAAAGUUCCGGAAAAGCCCCUCGGUGUCGGUUGUUUUUGGGUGGGGGGGAGGGGGGGGGUCCCACGGCGCCGCCCCCCCCCUCACACACCCCCCCCCCCCAUUUAAACCCCCCCAAAUUUCCCCCCCCCCGGGUCUGUGUCUGUGCUGCUGCUGCUGCUGCUGCGCGUGAUCCAGCGAUUAUAAAUCUGUGUAACCCUCA